AUGGCAUCUUCCACCUCCGCUCAGACUCCGGCUGGGAAGAGAGUGGUGAAUCAGGAAGAAUUGAGAUGGUUGAUGAAGGAGAAGCAGCGGCAGAGCACUAACUGCAAGAAGGUAGAAUCUCCAUUCGCUAAAUACAACCUUUUGGGGCAGCUGAGUUGUGCCCUUUGUAACACCCCGGUCAAGAGCGAGCUUCUGUGGCAGACCCACGUCCUGGGAAAGCAGCACCGAGAAAAAGUGGCAGAGCUGAAAGGCGCAAAAGGUGGCACCCCAGCUCCGGCUGCCGGCGCGGCGCUUCAGUCCACAAAGAGGAAAGCGCCGGACACUGAUAACCCGGAUGCCAAGAGAGCCAAGCCGCCUCAGGUACAGCCCUCCACAUCGUCCACCACCCUUGAUAAAACGGAAAAAGAGUCAGCGAGAGCGACCCCCAGUAAGCUUUUGGGACUCGGUUUACUCCCUGAUUAUGAGGACGAGGAAGAAGAGGAGGAGGAGGAGGGAGAAGGAAAACUGGGGGGCGGUAGCAAGCAGCUGCCAGACCCACCGAGCAAAGAACACUCACUUUGCUCCUCGCGGGACGCAACAAGUAGUGUGCUGCCAAACGAUUCCUUUAAUACAAAUCCUCCCAAGGCCCCCUUAGUUCCUCAUUCAGGGUCAAUCGAGAAAGCAGAAAUACAUGAAAAAGUGGUGGAAAGAAGAGAAAAUACUGCGGAAGCAUUACCGGAAGGAUUUUUUGACGACCCUGAGGUAGAUGCCAAGGUCCGCAAGGUUGAUGCCCCAAAGGAUCAGAUGGACAAAGAGUGGGACGAAUUUCAAAAAGCCAUGAGGCAGGUCAGCACGAUUUCCGAAGCUAUAGUUGCUGAAGAGGAUGAGGAGGGCCGGCUGGACCGCCAGAUUGGGGAGAUUGAUGAGCAAAUAGAAUGUUACCGUCGGGUAGAAAAGCUGCGGAAUCGCCAGGAUGAAAUAAAAAAUAAACUAAAAGAGGUCCUGACCAUAAAAGAACUGCAGAAAAAGGAAGAGGAGAAUGCUGACAGCGAUGAUGAGGGAGAACUGCAAGACUUACUGUCUCAAGAUUGGAGGGUGAAAGGGGCUUUAUUGUAACGUUUUCAGGACCCAAACUUUUUAACAGCCUCUGCCC